ACACCUGAAGAUGCUCAGAGCUCUGAAGAUCGACGGCUAAUGCACACGCUCUCGGGGAAUCGUGGGAAAAGAGACAUUUUUUUUACAGACAUGAGGCAAAAUGUCUAACUUUGAUCCUUAAGCUUAUUUAGAAUUUCUUAUCUCUGGGAUUUAAUAUAUAAUCUGGGAGGUUUUUAGAAAAAGUCUUAAUUUCCCUGAUCACUGAGUGAAAAAGAGCAAAGAAUGUUCUUGCUCUUCAUCACGCUUUUCGCUCUCGCUCAUCGUGUGCUGGGCGAUUGUGAAUCAGGAUGGAGGGAGUACGAGGGCAGGUGUUACUUUUUCUCCACUGAUAAAAAGACAUGGCAUGAGGCUCUGGAUGAGUGCGCGAGCAAAGAAAGUCAUCUGAUGAGCAUCACGAACCUUCAUGAGAGGACGUGGGUCAGCACGCAGGUCAGCCACAACAUCUUCUGGAUCGGUUUGAACGACAUCGCGUCUGAGGGAAACUGGGAGUGGAGCGAUGGCAACAUUUAUUAUCCGUACCUGGAGUACUGGAGACCAGGACAGCCAGAUAACUAUGACGACAACGAGGACUGUGGACAAGUGGACGGGAACAGCGAAGGUCGCUGGAACGAUGAGCACUGCACAGCUCAGAGGCAGUACAUCUGCAAACGAGACAACCCGAACCCUCCUGUGUUGUGCGACACGGCAAACCGGUGGGAACAGUUCGGUUCUAACUGCUACAAACUGCAAUACGCGCUGAAGAAGAGCUGGAACUCGGCUCGGAGCGAGUGCUUAAAGGAUGGAGGUGACUUGGUGUCCAUCGAAACAGCAGAAGAACAGCAGUACGUCUUAGGUCUGGACCCAUCCUAUUACGAUCUGUGGCUCGGCUACUCCACCCUGAAAUGUACCUCAAUUUCCUGUCAAGUUCAGCCAGACAGCACCUCGUUCAGUUGGUCCGAUGCGGCUACGUCCAGCUACACGAACUGGGCUCACGAGCAGCCUGACCUCACCGAUAAGCAGAAUGGCCUGUGUGCUGGUCUCAUCAAGGCAGGAGAUGAUUAUGGGAAGUGGAGGACUCACCUGUGUCGCUCUGAACAUCCAUACGCAUGCAAGAGGGCCUUAAACACCAUUUGCCCGCUCGGCUGGAUGAGCUUUAAAGGAAGCUGCUAUUUAGUGGUGACCAACAGCCACCUGCUGACGAGCUGGCACGAGGCACUGACCAGAUGCAGCAGCAUGGGUGCAAACCUUCUGACCAUCAAGAGUGAGGAGGAGCAGUACUUCGUCAACGCUAUGCUUCCUGACAUUCACCAGGUCAACAUUCCUGACGUGUGGAUCGGAGUCUCAGAUAUGGACGAGGACGGCACGUUUCGAUGGGUGGAUAAGACAAAUAUUGAGUUUUCCAACUGGAGCCCAAAUUUCCCACAGAACACGGAUAAGCUGUGGGACUGUGGACAGAUUUAUACAGGAAAUUACGCUGGGAAAUGGGAGACAGCAAACUGCUUUAAGGUCCAGGCGUACAUCUGUAAGAUGUUGGGGGGUCAGAACAUAAAACCUACUGUUGCUCCAGAAUUUCACUGUGAUCAGGGAUAUCUGCUCUAUGGGGAUUAUUGCUAUCACUUUGAGAGUGAGUCGGUUAAAACCUGGCAGGAUGCUGAAGACUACUGUGUCUCACAGAAUGGACACCUGGUCAGCAUCCACAACCAGGAGACGGUCAGCUUCAUCACAGCUCACAUUACCAGAGCUUCCUGGAUUGGACUGAAUGACAAGCAGCAAGAAGGAAGCUUUAAAUGGUCUGAUGGAACUCCUGCAGACUUCUUGCCGUGGGGUGAAGGUCAGCCUGAUAACUGGAACGACGAGGACUGCGUCCAAAUCCGAGGCACGGAGCACUUCGAGACGGGAAAAUUCAACGAUAUACAGUGCUCUAACACCUAUCCCUUCAUCUGCCAGAAAGCGAAAGGUACUGGUCCUCCACCAAUUCCACCCACCUCCGGCCCAGGUUGGAAUGAGAAGUGUGGUUCAUGGAUUCCGGACCCAUUUAAUGAUUACUGCUAUCACAUAUUUCCAUUCUCCAUGCGUAAGUGGGCUGAAGCUCGUGCUGACUGUGUGAAUCAGGGAGGUGACCUUGCCAGCAUCACUGAGCCUUUUGAGCAGGGCUUCAUUCAGGCUCAAAUCCAGUCCAUUCCGACGGGCGUGUCUCUGUGGAUCGGAGCUCAUGACCUGGUCACAGAGGGAGGAUGGGAAUGGAUGGACAGAUCUCCCUUCCGUUAUAUUAACUGGUCUCCAGGGAACCCGGAUAAUUACUACGGUGAGGACUGCCUCUCCAUCUACAUCAACAACGGCCUGUGGAACGACGACAACUGCGAGUACCGCCGAGGCUACAUCUGCAAACGCCGCGGAAAUACACCAGAACCUCCACCACCUCAUGAUGGCUACCUGACAGCGUACACAUGUGAAGGCUCCUCCAUGGUUCUCCACUGUCCCGUAGACAGCGUCAUCAACAUCCAGUCUGCUUUCUACGGCCGCCGCAGCGAUAAGAUCUGCCCCUACCUGGGUGGAAGUCUAGAUCAUUGUGAGAUCCCGGGAACGUACGAACGCGUCAGGAAGCAGUGUGACAAUCAUCAGUUCUGUUUCCUCUUCACACUCUUGGAUAACGACCCGUGUCCGACCAUUUCCAAAUACCUGGAGGUGGUGUACAGCUGCGAGCAGAAUGUGUGUGUGAGAGGUCUAGGAGUAGAAGAUGGCAACAUUACAGAUUCGAUGAUCUCCGCUUCCUCAUCGAUGGCUGGAAAGGAGCCCAGACACGCUCGACUCAAAGGAAGCUCCUGCUGGAUGCCUUCCAGUACCAGUAACUCCUGGAUCCAGGUGAGCCUGCAUGCGAUGAAGAAGAUCACAGGGGUGGUGAUCCAGGGCUGCCCCACUGCCGAUAACUGGGUGACCAAGUUUAAAAUCCAGACCAGCUUGGACGGAGUCUCGUGGAUUGACUACAAAGUGGACGGAAAAGUAGAAGAGUUCUUUGGCACAGCAGACAGAGAUUCUACCGUUACUCAGCUUCUCGGGAACCCCGUGUCUGUGAAGUACAUCCGAAUCUUUCCAAUAGAGUGGCACAACCAGGCGGGGCUUCGGUUCGAUAUCCUCGGCUGCACACCUGACUAUGCCAUUAACUGUGGAACAAGACCCGACCUGGACCACUCUGUAGACAGACUGACUGUCCACUGUCCUGCGGGUUGUGCAGAAGUGUUCUACAGUGUGUAUGGGACCAUGACUUACCGAGGGGACUCUACCAUCUGUGCCGCCGCGAUCCACGCUGGUGUAAUCCUCAAUGAGAUGGGUGGAGACUGCACCGUCCUCAAAGCUCCCGGACAGGACUUCUACAGCGGCUCCACCAGGAACGGCAUCACCUCCAGGCAAUACAGUGCAUCUUAUCAUGUAUCAUACCAGUUUGCUGAUGGAGAACUCAGAUGUUCUGGAAACGACUGGUACGAAUUUGGCGAGUUCUGCUACAAACCCUUCAUGGAGAAGAGGACAUGGCAUGAAGCUCAGUCUGCAUGCAGGAGGCACGGCGCUGAGCUCGUCUCCAUCAUGUCCCUGACAGAGCAGAGCUGGCUCCAGAGCUACCUCUACUUAGCCACCAGUGAUGUCUGGAUCGGACUGAAUGACCUGGAGUUUCAAGGCUUCUACUCCUGGUCAGAUAAACACGAGGUGAAGUUCACUUACUGGGCUCCUGGAGAACCAAACAACCACCUGGGCUUCAAGGAGGAUUGUGUGGAGAUGUACUAUCAGACGGGUCGAUGGAACGAUGUGACCUGCACGGAACUGAACACCUACAUCUGUAAGAUGCCCAAAGGUCAUUACCCUCUGCCCUCCAUUAAACCCACAGUGUACGGCUGCCUUGAGGGCUGGGAUGCUUUUGAGUACUCUUGUUACUGGUUUGAGGAGGCAGCCAUGACCCGUGCUGAGGCCAAGGUGUUCUGUGAGAGUAAAAGCAGCACUCUGCUUCACAUACUGGAUGUGUACGAGCAGGCCCACUUCACAGCGUUUCUCAGCAGUUACACGGGGAACUGGUGGGUAGGUCUGAGAGCGAAGGGUGAAUUAGGAGGGGUGGAUUAUCAGUGGGACAACGGCGCUGCGCUCCUCUACACCCACUGGGACAGAGACUAUCCUGAUGACAGCAAAGGCGACUGUGUCACCAUGACGACGAAGCCCAUUGCAGGUUUCUGGAGAAACCAGGACUGUGGUGAGUCUCAUCAAUUCAUCUGCGAAUCGCCUAGAGACGGCAUCUCCCCGCCCACUCAAGCCCCGACUCCGCCCCCUGUCCCCGGGUGUGCUGACGGCUGGUCUGGCAAGACACACUUCAGGCAGUGCUACAGGCUCUUUACUGUGGAUUAUUCAGGCAAGAAAAGCUGGACUGCGGCUCGAGAUGACUGUUUGUCCCGAGGAGCCGACCUCACCAGCAUCCAUAAUGUGGAGGAGGAGAUCUUCAUAGCCGAAUUCACCAAAGGGAAGAGGCAGUGGAUCGGUCUGACACAAGACCCCACCAGUGGAGGUUACCACUGGAGCGAUGGCUCUCCCGUCACUCACACCAACUGGGCCGACGGCGAGCCAAACGAUCACGGCGGUCGGGAGAAUUGCGUGGAGAUGGUGAGCACGGAGAACGGCACCGCCUUCUGGAACGACCUUACCUGUGACGCACAUCUGGAUUGGGUGUGCAUGAUCGCUAAGGGCAAGACACCCCUCAUCCCCCCAAUAACUCCUCCACCUGUACCAGCCCAUGACUGCGGGGACAAUCCCGGCUGGAGGAAGAACAACGGCAUCUGUUAUUACUACAAUGACACGGAUAUAGUGGACUUCCACAUGGCUUUGAGCAGGUGCUACGCAGAGAAAGCUCAGCUCGUCUCCAUCCUGGACCAGCAGGAGCAGACCUUUGUGGUGUCCAUGGUGGGAACAGGAAUGAUCGAUGCAGCAUGGAUCGGCUUGCGGAUGUUCGGGGUGGUGGAAGGAGAGUACCUUUGGGUGGACGGGUCUCCGGUGACAUACGUGCACUGGGCUCCGGGAGAACCCAAUAACGCUGACGGAGAGGAGCAGUGUGUGCAGAUGCUAAGAACUCCAGGCACGUGGAACGAUGUGAACUGUGGCCGAGACAUCGCAGGCUACAUGUGUAAGAAGCUUCCAGGAGAUCAUCACACUCCCCCGCCUCCUACCCCUGCCUGGGAAGGAAACUGCCCUGAAGGAUGGCUGCGUUUCCAUAACAAGUGCUACAUGAUCAAAGGGACGCACGAGAACCACGAGGAAAGAGCUAACUGGACGUUCGCACGAGACUGGUGCAGUCGCCACGAUGGAUACCUGGCUGUGAUCGACGACAUCAACGAGAACGAAUUCGUGGCUAGUUAUCUGAGAGACGCCAGCCACGCGGCGUGGAUCGGUUUGUCCGAUCGGCUUCACGAGGGGAAAUUCGCUUGGAAUGAUGGCGUGAGUCCCGUCCUGUUCACCAACUGGGCUGAUAAAGAACCCAACAACAACAACGGAGAGGAGCACUGCGUGUCCGUGACUCAUAGCCACCUAGUGGCAGGUCGCUGGAAUGACGAGAACUGUGAUGAGAGAAGAAGUUGGGUGUGCUACAAGAAGAAAUCCAGCAGUCUUCCUCCUCCUCCCCUGGUCAACCCCUGUCACUCAGGCUACGUCUCCUGGUAUAAGAACUGCUACAAGCUGGUGACGGAGCCGAAGCCGUGGGACGAGGCGCAGGCCGCUUGUGUGAAGGAAGGAGGAAACCUGGCUAGCGUGGACAUGAGCUACGAGCAGGCCUUCAUCUCAGCGGUGCUGCAGCAGGACAGACAUGACACCUGGAUCGGUCUCAGGCGCAAAGAGGAAGACGAGGGGACAUACCGCUGGUCAGACGGCUGGCCGGUGUUCUACACACACUGGGGUCCGGGAGAACCGACCAAUCACAAAGAAGAGGGCUGUGUGAGCAUGCAUGGGCGUUCGCACUUCAUCCAGGGCACGUGGAAUGACACGGACUGUAAAGUCGCUAAGCCGUACCUCUGCAAGAUCUCACACGAGCCGCCUCCUCCGACCCCGCCUCCAGGGGACGGCGAGUGUUUGCCGUUCUGGCAGCCGUAUGGAAGUUACUGCUACAUCAUAUAUAACGAGAAGGAGGGUCGCUCCUGGCCCGAGGCACGACACUACUGCCAGAUGAUCUCAGGAAGCGACUUGGCAUCGGUACACAGCAGAGCCGAGGUGGAGUUCCUCACCAACACCAACAACACCAGAAACAACUACUUAUGGAUCGGACUCACCAGAGACGCCUCGUAUGGUUGGGCCUGGACCGACCUGACCGCUCUGGGCUUCACCAACUGGGCUCAGGAUGAACCGAACGGCGGCGGACACGACGGGAACCGUCAGGACUGCGUGGAAAUGUACAAGGACGGAAAAUGGAAGGCCAACAGCUGCUUCGAGAAGAGAGCCUUCGUCUGCAAACGCCGCCAGCAUUACUCCACAGGUCACUCGAGUACUACCACCGUCUCUCCGAUCCAUGACGCAGGAUCGGUCGCCGGCGGUGUAAUCGGUGCUCUGGUAGCUGUGCUGGUCAUCCUGGGCAUCUUGUACUACCUCUUCAGGGUGAAAGGCGUGAAGCUGAGCAGCGUUGAUCUCCCGAGCAGGAGAACAAAUCACGUGGACGUGCCCGCCUUCAACAACCCGAACUUCGCCGGAGAGUCGGACACAUGAAGUGGCGGAGUGGGCGUGGCUAACGGUUGUACAGGAAGCAGCUAAACUUCAGAGACGAAAUCAAAUCGUAAUGUUUUAGAGUUAAAAUGUUGGGGUUUUUUUUUGCAAGCUAAUUUUUAUUACAGAUUUUAUUCAAUAUAAAAUCAAAAAUAAUUUAAAAAAAAAAAAGCAAAAUGUUUACUAAUGCAUCAAAUGUUUGUACAGUUUACACCUUUUUAUCCUUGCACUGGAAAUGCAAAGAUUAAAAAAAAAAAAAGGAAGCAAGUUUUUAUGAUCUUAAAAAAACCCAAAAAUUUUAUUUCUGUUUUUAUGUCCUUAAAAAAAAACAAAAAAAUAAAUUUCUCUGUAUUUAUGUCCUUAAAAAAAACAAAAAAUUAAAUUUCUGUCCUUAUGAUCUUAAAAAACCCCCCAAAAAUUUAAUUUCUCUGUUUUCA